UAUCUCACCGCCGAUUGAAACGAUCACCUUGUCUCGAAAUGGAAUCGCAGAUCUAUGUCUUCUUGCUUCUUAUUGCCUGCCUGAUUGUUGGCUCUUGUUUGGCUGCGCCUCAGGAAUGUGGUGGUGGAUUUACGACCAAUGGCAACGACAUUGUUAUCAACGUUAACGGUCUAUCAUCUUAUCUGGCCUGUAUUAGGAGGCAAGGAUAACAUCGACAAACACAAACAACUAUAAUACCUAAAUUCUCUAACAAUAAAGUGUAAAAUGCAAAAACCACCAAAAAAUAUUCAAUAAAAUCCACUUAACCAACCACAA